CUCAACCUCCAAGUUUCAACUCCCUGUCUGAUUGAACCAACCGAAAGCCUUCAGCAUGUCUGAUAACAUCAUCGUGAAGAGCGUGGCAGGAACGUGUAUCACGUUCUCCUUCAUCCUAGCUGGAAAUGCAAUCACACAGUCCUUGAUGACUGUCCCAGCACUCCUCGUCGACUUCCCGCCACCAGGAUCGCCCGAGCACAGCGAACGUGCAAAGCUCCUGGGUCGCCAAUGGCCCCUUUGUUGGACGGUGGGCAACCAAUUCUUCCGCCCAAUCUCCACUCUCGGAUUCUUGGGCUAUGCGUAUGCAGGAUAUGCCGUGUACCGCGAGGGCGUUCUAGCACGAAGUGACUGGAAGCUCUUCGGAGUUGCGGCGGUUAUGCAUUUGACGACCAUUCUGCAUUCGGCGCUCAACAUGCAGCCGCUGAAUGACAAAUUGGAGGGGCUAGCGUCGCGGGCGAGUGAGAAGGAGUUGGGCGAAGCGGAGGGUAUUGCGAGAAAGUGGGCGAGCUGGAAUAGGUUGAGGCUGAUUACUCCAGUUGUUGCGGGAAGUCUGGCGCUUUGGAACUUGCUUUCUUUGUAGAAGGCCUCACAUGGGCGACGAGGGGAAGGUAAUGAGAUUAUUCAAGAUGAGCUUUACUCUGGUCAGUCAAAAUUGUCUCCGUUACAAUUUUUUGGAAAAAGGG